CGGGCAAGCUUCCGGUCCGAGCGGCGCCGCCGAUGGCCGCGCUUAGGGCUGUUCUUGGUGCCUCGCUCGCGGUCACCCGCGCCGGGUCGCUGCCCGUCACCCGCCGCCCGCCGCCCGCGCCCCGCCGCGCCUGGGCCGCCACCAUGGAGCCGGCGCCGCGCUGGCUGGCGGGGCUGCGCUUCGACAACCGCGCCCUGCGCGCGCUGCCCGUGGAGGCGCCCGGGCCCCAGGACUCCCCGCCGGCGCCGCGGAGCGUGCCCGGGGCCUGCUUCAGCCGCGCGCGGCCCGUGCCCCUGCGGCAGCCGCGCCUCGUGGCGCUGUCGGAGCCCGCGCUGGCGCUGCUGGGCCUGGGCGCGCCGCCCGCCGGCGCCGCGGAGCGCGAGGCGCGCGAGGCCGAGGCCGCGCUCUUCUUCAGCGGCAACGCGGUGCUGCCCGGCGCCGAGCCCGCCGCGCACUGCUACUGCGGCCACCAGUUCGGCCAGUUCGCCGGGCAGCUGGGCGACGGCGCCGCCAUGUACCUGGGCGAGGUGUGCACGGCGGCCGGCGAGCGCUGGGAGCUGCAGCUCAAGGGCGCCGGCCCCACGCCCUUCUCCAGACAGGCUGACGGCCGCAAAGUCCUGCGCUCAAGCAUCCGUGAGUUCCUGUGCAGCGAAGCCAUGUUCCACCUGGGGAUCCCCACCACACGGGCCGCGGCCUGCGUCACCUCCGAGUCCACGGUCGUGCGGGACGUGCACUACGACGGUAAUCCAAAACAUGAGCGGUGCACGGUUGUGUUGCGUGUAGCAUCUACUUUUCUAAGGUUUGGGUCUUUUGAGAUUUUUAAGCCCACAGACGAGCACACGGGACGGGCAGGCCCUAGCGUUGGGAGAGAUGACAUCCGGGCACAGAUGCUUGACUACGUGAUCAGCACCUUCUACCCCGAGAUCCAGGCCGCCCAUGCCAGCGACCGUGUGCAGAGGAAUGCUGCCUUUUUCCGGGAGGUGACGCAGCGCACAGCGCAGCUGGUGGCCGAGUGGCAGUGCGUCGGGUUUUGCCACGGUGUCCUCAACACGGACAACAUGAGCAUCGUGGGCCUCACCCUCGACUAUGGGCCCUUUGGCUUCCUCGACAGGUACGACCCCGAGCAUGUGUGCAACGCGUCCGACAGCGCCGGGCGCUACGCCUUCAGCAAGCAGCCCGAGGUGUGCCACUGGAACCUGCAGAAGCUGGCCGAGGCCCUGGAGCCUGAGCUGCCCCGCGCGCUGGCCGAGGCGGCGCUGGCCGAGUUUGACGCCGAGUUCCAGAAGCACUACCUGAGCAAGAUGCGCAGCAAGCUGGGCCUGGUGCGGGCACCGCGGGAAGAGGACAGGGCACUGGUGGUCGGGCUCCUAGAGACCAUGCACCGCACGGGGGCUGACUUCACAAACAGCUUCGCACUGCUGAGCUCCUACCCACUGGGGCCGGCAUCGCCCGGGCUGGGGGAGCUGCUGGACGCGCUUGUGGCGCAGUGUGCCUCCGUGGAGGAGCUGCAGCUCGCUGUCCGGCCCCACAUGGAUCCCCGGCAGCUCUCCCUGCUGCUCAUGCUGGCGCAGUCCAACCCCCAGCUCCUCACCCUCCUGGGCGGGCAGGCCAAUGUCGCCCGGGAGCUGGAGCGCAGCGAGCAGCGUGCCCGGCUAGAACUGCUGAGCCCAGCUGAGCUGCAGAGCCAGAACCGGGACCGCUGGGCCGCCUGGCUCCAGGACUACAGGGCACGGCUAGAGAAGGAUGCAGAGAGCACGGAGGACGUGGCUGGCUGGCAGGCUGAGCGCUUGCGGGUCAUGCUUGCCAACAACCCCAAGCACGUGCUGCGGAACUACAUCGCCCAGAACGCCAUCGAGGCAGCCGAGAACGGAGACUUUUCAGAGGUCCGGCGGGUGCUGAAGCUGCUGGAGGCCCCUUACCACCAGGAGACUGAGGCCAUGGGGCCGGAGGGCACCGGGGAGGCAGCUGCGGGGACGGGCGGCCAGCGGCCCUCCUACAGCAGCAAGCCCCCACUCUGGGCGGCCAGCCUGAGAGUCACUUGAUCCUCCUAAAGCCUGGGGGCUCCCCCGAGAUGCCCCAGGCUGCCCUGCGCCCCACACCCCGCUGCCACCUGAUGACAGCCAGCACGUCCAGUCAGGCCCUGACCCGUCCUGGUCUGAGCCCGUGUGGCAGCACAGCCCCCGCCCCACAUCCAGUAAACCUGCAGCUCCACA